GUGCUGUGUGAGGAGCGAGUGACACGGUUGUCUCGCACGGACGGCAUAGCACGGACGACAUGCUGCGCAAAGGCGUGCUGGCCAUGUUGCCGGGGCCAACGAUGCGCCUCCCCAGCCUGACUCGACUCGGCAGUCAGCCUCCGCUCGCUUUGGUGACCCAGCGUCGCCAUGUUAAGGUGGACCUGACCCGCUUAAGCGAAUCCAACCUGGAGCGCAAAACUCGUGGCGCCAUCACCCCGCGGCGGGCUCAUAUCCACUUUCAGCAAGUGUUUACCAAGCUGUUUAUGGCAGGCGAGCUCCCAGAAGCAUGGCUGGAACACCUGCCGCCAGACUUGAGCCGCAGCAGCAUUCACAUCAAGUUUCUUCGUCAGGCCAGCAUGGCCACCUGGCGAACACUUCCAGACGAGGAAAAAGAGAAAUAUAUCCAAGCUUAUGAAGCAAGAAAGCAUAACGUCGAAGCUUACGUUCCACAAAAGCCCGGGCCCCCGCCACUGCUUACACGGCAUAUGGACUACUGGUGGUAUGAACAGGGAAAAAAGGAGGCCGCACAAAAGUUCAAGCUGUGCGUACCACCUUUGGACUCACAUCGCAAUGAGUGGCGGCGCAAGUUUGCUCUCUACUUUGUCGAGGCUCGCAAAGCCGUCAUGGGUGAGGAGAAAACCCCCUUUGCCUCUCAAACCCAGUCUACCAAGUAUGCCAGUGCCUCAACGGAAAAACUUGUGUAG